CCUGAAGCGUUUUAGGUCACUUCCCUUCGUUUUCAUUCGGCGUGGUGAAAAUGGCGGAACACAAGUCGGUACCCAGUGAUUUGUACAAAUGUGUUUAUUCGUUUCUGCUGGAGAACAAGUUCACCAAGGCGGCUCAGCAGUUUGUCAAGCAUGUUAAAGUGAGUCCACAGGAUCCAAAUGAAGAACCUCUCCUCAACAUCUACGACUUCUGGGUGAAAUCACCUCAAGCUCGGAAGCGCAAGGUGAUUACUGACAAAACUGAAGCCGCUGGCUCAGUAGCCAAGAAAGCAAAAGCCAGUAAAGAGAGCUCCAGCAGUGAAGAGUCCAGCAGUGAAGAGGAUGAAGCCAGUGGCAAAGUGCAAAAUUCUACUGCUGCCAAGGCAGCACCAGUUAAGGCAGCGGCUACCAAACCUGCGGCUGCAAAAGCUGCAUCUAGCAGCAGUAAAAAAUUGAGUAAAUCUGAAGAAAAAAAGACUCCUGCUAAGGCCCCAGUAAAGCCUACAGCAGCUGCAAGUGGAACAAGAAAGAAAGACAGCAGCUCGAGCAGUGAAGAAUCAGACUCUGAAGAGGAGCAAGCCACCAAAGCUCCAUCAAAGCCAGUGUCCGCCACCAAGCCCAAAGGUCCUGUUCCUGCUAUUGGAGCGGCUAAGAAAAAAACUGAAAGCAGCAGCAGUGAAGAAACUUCAUCAGAGGACGAGGAACCGGCCAAGGCUCCAAUCAAACGUGCUCAAGUGAAAACGGUAGCUGCGGCUGCAGAUUCAAGCAGCGAGGACUCGUCCUCUGAAGAGGAGGCUCCGCCCAGCAAGAAACCAAAAGCAGGAGUGUACAGUGCAGUCCCACCUCCUCCUUCACUACAGAAAGAAGGAGCUGCAGCAGCAACUAAGGCCAAGGAUGACGACUCCUCGGACAGUAGUGAGGAGGAUGACGAGAAGAAAGUAGUUGCUAAAACUGUACCCCAAAAGAAGAGCGGGCCUACGAAACCUGCUUUGAAGAAGCCUGCUGCCACUAAAGAAUCCAGUUCUGACAGCUCAGAUUCAAGUUCAGAUGAAGAAGAGCCCCAAAAGCCUCCAGUCAAGGCCACACCAGUAAAGGCGGCCGCACUAAAACAGACCCCCGCGAAGAAAGAUGAUUCCUCAAGCGAAGACAGUAGCUCAGAAGAUGAAGCACCAGCAAAGCCGGCCGCCAAGCCGGCCGCCAAGCCGGCCGCCAAGACGGCCGCCAAGACGGCCGCCAAGACGGCCGCCAAGACGGCCGCCAAGACGGCCGCCAAGACGGCCGCCAAGACGGCCGCCAAGACGGCCGCCAAGACGGCCGCCAAGACGGCCGCCAAGACGGCCGCCAAACCUUCACCCCCAGCUGCUGCUGAGAGUAGCACCGACUCUUCAUCUGAAGAGGAAGAAGCACCCAAAGCCAAGCCGGUUGCAGCAAAGGCAGCUGUCAAAGUCACGACCACCGCUGCGGCAGCAGAAAGCAGUUCAGACUCUGACUACUCGUCUGAAGACGAAGAACCAGUGAAAGCAAAGCCAGCGACUGCAAAACCUGCCAAGCCAGCUUCAAAAACUUCUACUCCUGUAACAAGGAGCAAAGCAAAGGCUAAAGCAAAAAGCAGUUCAGAGUCCGACUCCUCAUCUGAGGAUGAAGAACCUGCAAAAACCAAGGCACCUGCAAGUAAACCUUCCACCCCUGUCGCAAAGGCGGCAACUCCUGCAAAGGCGGCAACUCCUGCAAAGGCGGCAACUCCUGCAAAGGCGGCAACGCCAGCAAAAGCGGCAACCCCGUCAAAGGCUAAAGCAAAAAGCAGUUCAGAGUCCGACUCCUCAUCUGAGGAUGAAGAACCUGCAAAAACCAAGGUGACCGCAAAACCAGCUUCAAAAACAUCUGCUCCUGCAACAAGGAGCAAAGCAAAGGCUAAAACCAAAAGCAGUUCAGAGUCAGACUCCUCAUCUGAGGACGAAGAACCUGCAAAAACCAAGGCACCUGCAAGUAAACCUUCCACCCCUGUCGCAAAGGCGGCAACUCCUGCAAAGGCAGCAAAAGCAGCAAAGGCAGCCACCCCGGCAAAGGCAGCAACCCCAGCAAAGGCUAAAGCACAAAGCAGUUCAGAGUCCGGCUCCUCAUCUGAGGAAGAAGAACCUGCAAAAACCAAGGUGACCGCAAAACCAGCCUCAAAAACCUCUACUCCUGUAACAAGGAGCAAAGCAAAGGCUAAAGCAAAAAGCAGUUCAGAGUCCGACUCCUCAUCUGAGGAUGAAGAACCUGCAAAAACCAAGGCAAUUGCAAAGCCAGCUUCAAAAACCUCUACAGCAAAGGGUGUCAACGCAAAGGCUAAAGCAAAAAGCAGUUCGGAGUCUGGCUCCUCAUCUGAGGAUGAAGAACCUGCAAAAACCAAGGCACCUGCAAGUAAACCUUCCACCCCUGCCGCAAAGCCGGCAACCCCGGCAAAGGCAGCAGCAGAAGAGAGUAGUUCUGGAUGGAGCUCCACAUCUGAAGAUGAAGAGCCAGUCAAAGCAAAACCAGCUCCUGCUAAAGCUGCCACCCCAGCUUCAAAGGCUGCCCCCCCGGUAGCAACAAAAAAGGCAGUGGCAAAGAGCAGCUCUGAGUCAGACUCAUCAUCUGAGGAGGAAGAACCGGCUAAAGCUAAGCCAGCUAAGAAGCCUGCGACUCCUGCUGCAAAGACAGCUGCUACAGAAAGUAGUUCAGACUCUGACUCCUCAUCUGAAGAUGAGACUGUGAAAGCGAAGCCUGCGGCGGCCAAGCCUGCUGCCAAGCCUGCUGCCAAGCCUGCUGCCAAGCCUGCUGCCAAGCCUGCUGCCAAGCCUGCUGCCAAGCCUGCUGCCAAGCCUGCUGCCAAGCCUGCCACUCCCGCUGCCAAGCCCUCCAAACCUGCUUCAAAGUUUGCCACCCCCGCAGCAGAAAGCAGUUCAGAGUCUGACUCUUCAUCCGAAGAAGAGGACGAACCUCCAAAAGCCAAGCCAGCUGCAACCAAAGCCGCCGCUCCCCCAGCAAAGGCUGCAGCAGCCCCUGCAGAGAGCAGUUCAGACAGCGGCGACUCAUCUGAAGAAGAAGAAGCCCAAGCAAAGACCAAACCUGUGGCCAAGAAGGCAGCAGCGGUGGCUAAACCCGCAGCUCCAGCCAAGAAGCCCGAGGAGAGUAGCUCCGAUUCGUCGGGCAGCUCAGACUCUGAGACUCCGAUCAAGAACACCCCUGCCAAGGCUGCCGUCGCCAACGGCAAAGCUCCCAAAGCUGCGUCGGCUAAACCCACUGAGUCAUCAUCCAGUGAUAGCAGUUCAGAAGAAGAGGCCAGUGGGAAAAGUAAAACUUCUACACCCGCUGCACCAGCCAAGACCACUAAAAGUAAAGACAGCAGCAGCUCGGACAGCUCAGACGAUGAAGAGGACGCGUCCGCAAAAGCUGCCACCACGCCUAAGACCAAUGGCACUAAUGGCAUGCAAAAGGAUGACAAUUCUUCAGAAACUAAAAUGAUGCAUGCAAAGACUCCAAAAUACAAAAAGGCAACCACUACCCCACAAACGUUUCCCAAAGCCAACAAGUCCAACGGUCCUUUCCGAAGAAUACGGGAGGAAGAAGUCCCCGUGGACCCCCGCCUUGCUGACAACUCUUUUGAAGCUAGGAAGGGUUCCAAUUACGAUUGGGGCCUGAGAGCAAAUCAAACUCUCCGCGUAACCAAAGGCAAAUCGUUCCGCCACGAAAAGACAAAGAAGAAGAGGGGAAGCUAUCAGGGCGGCGCCAUCAGCACCUCGGUCAACUCGAUUAAGUUUGACAGCGACUGAAGAGUUUGCCCUCUCCCGAUCUCAUCUGAACUCUGCAUCACCUGUGAGACGGGCAUCCGAGACAUUUGAUACUUUGACACGUACCGUUGAGUUUGAAAGUAACACUUGAGGUUAGUCAAAGGCAUGCUAAUGACGCCUUAUAGCCACAAGGUGGCUGAAAGCCAUCCUUCCCAACACAAAGGAAACCUGUAUGGUUCAAGUUUUUCCCCAUGUAUGCAUUGCAGCCAUCCAAUUGAUGUUGCAGAUUGAUUGUACACAUUAAUCAAUGUAUAAUGUGAACAUUGGAGAGGGUUUGUACUUUGUAGUGUUUCUUGUGUCACCGAGGACAUGUUUUAUGGUCUAUUUAUUGUGUUUUAGUCCAAUUAAUCAAGUAGGAUCUCAUAUUGUCAUUUUUUUAUGGGCCAUUUUUCCUCGUAACAAUUCAUCUUUUCAUAUUUUCUAUUGAUGGGUAGACAUUUUUGUCACCUAACUCUUGUACUUAAUUUGCGGGGUUUAACUGUACUUUUUUUUGUCUCCAACCUCAUUUUUAGUUCUAAAAUUAACAAUAUUGUCAAGACCAGUACUGUAGUGGUGUAUUUGCUUGCCACCAGGUAGCAGUCCCAUUCAAAUAUUGCAAAUAAUUUCACUUUUGUGACAUUUCAAGAUUGUCUUAUUUUCUCUAAACAAUAAAGUGGAGUAAAUUGAAAACACAAA